AUGAAAAUUAGCGUCUUCGAAGCACAGGGUAUUGCUAAGUUGCUUCAAUUUAGCGAAGAAAUCAAGCGUAUAUUCGUGGAAAUUACAACGAGCACCGACACGGUGCUAAAGCGGGCAGUCUCCAAUUUUCGUGCUGCUGCACAUCGCUUCGAAUCACACGCUAAACCACUUGGCCGCCCAUGCCUCUACAUUCAUGCUUGUAUCAGAACAGCUCUGCGCCUUACCAAGACUCGCAGCGACGCAAGUGGGCAAAAGGCAAAGGCAUGGCUCUUGUGGCUGUCGGAAGAACGGGCUCUUCUGGCAGCGAUGUUGGCUGAUGCGGCCGACUCGUCCAUUCGGCUGACUCGGCUGAUGGACACUGAGAGCGUUGAUCCGGCCAUGCUGUGCCGCGAGGUGUCUUUGUAUAUGUCUUCUGUGAAGGCACUGUUCCUGCAUGGAGCUUGCUUUACGGAAUUCGGCUUUACAUCGACGAUGUUGGAGACACUGAAAACACCCAUCGUUUUUCAGUUGGGUUCUGAAACGAAAAGCUUUGGUGACAGCAGCGGUGUGCCCGAGGAGAUCAAACAGCGGUGCCUGGCCAGGAUGCAAGCAUGGCUUAAACUUGCUGAAGCGGCGGUAGCUGCGGAAUUUCCUUCCUUCGAGAUUGCUCAGGCUUUCGACGUGUUCGACCUCAGCGGUGGCUCUCACAACGCCGACGAGAAGCUCCAGCGGGUCGCCAAAGCCUGCAACCUGGACGAGCAGGCGCUGAAAGCACAGUGGCGGGAUGUGUUUCCACGCGCCGAGAGGCUUCUGAAACAGAGCACGGACGUGAAUGCCAAGAACAAAGAUGCAUGGGCCUUGGCUUUGGACCGUUUAUGCCAACAUCACUAUACGAAAGGCCAACACCCGGUCGAAAUCCUCAGAGAAGCAUUGAUCCAGUACUUUUCUUUUGGGGCCAGCAGUUCCGGUGUUGAACAAAGCUUUUCAAAGUCCCAAUGGGGCUUUGGCACACGCAGAAAUUCUGCUCUUCAUUCCACUGAGGAAUUUUCAGUCAAGGCUUUACUUGACCUUCCGACUGUUGCGGCCUCGCAAAAAGACUGGCCGAUUCGGCUGGCUCGGCUGACCUGGGUGAGCUGCUUCGGCCAGUCAAGGUCAUCAACGGCAGAAAGGGUAGACAAAGGCAGCAAAAGAAAAACCGAAGACGAAGAAGCUAAGCCUGCAACGGAGGCUGUUUUUUUGCGCAAGCGCCGACGUGGUGAGGCGCUGGCUGCUGGGCGCAUGGAAGGCAACUCUGAUGUUGCUCUUGACCUGCACGAGCAAGUUUGGACACAAAAGCACCAGAAGGAACUGGAAUUUCAACAGAGGAAGAGGAAGAUGCGAAAGCUUCAAGCCCUCUCCGAGAAUUCUUUGCUGCAGCGCGAAAUAGAGGAUGGUAUGCAGCAAGAAUCCGAAGCAUGUCACAAAAACAUGAUACAAAGGGAAACCGCCCGUCGAACCAAAGAAAAAAAGAUGCUUCGGGCAGAAAAAGGCUGCUCGCGAGCCGACUUAAAGGCUGCCUGGGGAGGAAAGAAAGUUUAUCUGGCUGUUCCGGCCAAUAUGCACUUAGUGCAGGGAAUAUCAGACAUGGGCCUUGCGGUCACGAACCAAGCGUCCGCAGCGACAGUUAUUGUUUGUUCGAAGCCCGGACAUAUGCAAGACCCGCGGCUUCGAUUGCUUGCUGGGCUGCAAGGUUGCUAUGAAGUCGCUCCUUCAUUUUUUCUGACUGGUCAGGGCGCGGUACUGAAGAGGCGGGCGGCUGCUGCGAUCAAGCGAGUGCUCAUUGUGUCCAAGGCAUGCGCCAAAAAAUGUCCUAAGUUCUGGAGAUUCCUGCGAAGCUGCCUGCCGGAAAAUCACAAGUGGACAAUGGCCAAAACGGCUUUGUCCGCCAUUCGAGCAGCACACGGACGCUUCCCGAAGAAAAACGUCUGGGUUGUCGUCCUUCCCGGCCAGCGUAAUCACCAGGACAUUCGAGGGCUCCCGAAUGUGUUCACGAUGCGGUCGUUGCCAAAGCGCAUCUGCAACGGCUUUGACCCCGGCCUCUCCAGAAGUGGCUCUGCGCUGACGUGA